AUGUCUCUUGACACAAGCUCGUCCAUAGUCGUUCCGCAGGAACGUGUGUAUCAUUCUAUCCCAGGCGCUUCAUAUUGUCUCCCUGCCGAUGAGGAGGAGGCACUCAGGUUAGCAAGGCAGUACUUGCUUCUCAAGAAGUUCUUUGGUGGCGACAUCUCGUUUGCUCCAGCGAGCCUAUCUGAUGGCGACGAGGUCCUCGACAGUGGUUGUGGAUCAGGACUAUGGCUCGUCGAUUUCGCCCAUAGCUUUGGGAACAAGGUCACGUUCACGGGCAUCGACAUUUCUUCGAAGCUGUUUCCCGCUGGAAAGAUCCCCGAUAACAUCCACUUCGAACAGGCUUCCGUUCUCAGCUUGCCCGAGCACUGGGCAGCAAGGUAUUCCCUCCUAAACCAGCGGUUCCUCCUUGCUGCGCUGAAGGUAGAAGAAUGGCGCACCGCCAUCGCGGAGAUGUAUCGCGUUCUCAAACCAGGAGGGUGGGUUCAGCUCAUGGAGUCUUCCUUCGGCAUCCGUUCCGACAAGAAAUGCUAUCGUAUCAUCAACAAGCUCUUCAACUCUUUGGGGCUUUUGGUGGAGAACCGCUGGGAAAGGUUACAGGAGAUGCUCAAGGAAGUAGGGUUUGUUGACGUUCAUGUGCGGGAGAAUGUUAUCAGGCUGGAGGAGUGGUCCGAAGAGGAGAAGGAGUAUGGUCGCGGUGUUUACCUUGCUUCGUUCAAGGCCGUGAAGGAUGGAGUCGUACGGCAAGGUGGUCUCGGAGAAAUAAGCUCACCCAGCGAUUUCGAUGAGUUGUUUCAGCAAACGCAGCAGGAUGAAACAGUCGGAGCUGUUGGUGGAAUAGAUACGCGUACUGCAGUGAUAUUUGCCAGAAAGCCUGUAAACUAA